AUGGCUUAUGGUGCCCUGUGUUUUGUUAUUCACAGAGAGGCGGCUAGCCCUGAGGAGGCCCGCGGCCUGCAGAGCCCUACGGCUGCAUGGAAGGGUAUGGGUCCCAGUGGCUACCAUAGGCCACCGUCCCUCGCCGUCAUCUCCUGUACUGGAUAUCUUGUACUGCUUCUGGGUGUCAUUCUCAUGACAGCUGAAGGCUUUCCGCACGGCAGCAAGGAGUGUCACGUAGAGAGGUGCACCAACGAAUACGAGAAACAUCGGUCACAACAAGAUCUCUCUGGUCAGUGGCCCUUGGACAGCCAGGCUGUGUGCACGGCCCUUCGGACCUACAGACAUUGCAUCAACAAGACCGUCGGAUGUCAUGGAAAUAUCAUGUACUAUUCACUCAGAAACUACGUACGUCAAGAAAUGGAUAUAAACAAUUGUACAGCCAACGGGCAGACCGUUGAACCUUCCACCAACAGUCAUCCACACAAACCUCAUCCACACAUGGUUCCCGCUCACUGUUUAUAUCAGGGCAAAAAAAUCUACAGACAUUGCGGUCUCUUUGGAGACCCUCAUCUAAGGACGUUUUACGACGAGUUUCAAACUUGUAAAGUUAAAGGGGCCUGGCCACUUGUCAACAACGAGCACCUAACAGUGCAGGUGACUAACGACGCGGUGCAUGGAAAUACGGAUGCUACAGCUACUAGCAAGCUGACAGUGAUUGUCAAGGGCAACACGUGCACGUCACUAGACUUCCAGACUUAUCAAGCACAAACCAACUCACUUCCAGGCACGUUCGAUGACGGUCGCACCACUGUGGGCCCUUACCACAGUCUGGAGCUAGUGGAGGUGGACCCCGGUCGGCACGUGGAGAUCCAUAUACGAUACAUCCAUACAGUUGUAGUAGUCAGACAGAUCGGCCGGUACUUCACCUUCUCCGUCAGAAUGCCGGAAGAGUUGGUCAACCAGAGCAGCGCCAGCCAAGAUCUUCAGCUCUGCGUUCGCGGUUGUCCCCAGUCAGAGAUCAUCAACUACCAAGAAUAUCUGGCCAUCAGAAAACACGCACCUUCGGCGCAGGUUUCUCCCAGCAUGCACACAAGUGGCGAGUCAAGACCUGCGAUGGCGCGGUCUCACGCCGAAAAAAUCUGCAGGGAUGCCAACCUAACGGACUUUUAUUUUGACUCUUGCGUGUUUGAUCUCAUGGCAACGGGAGACCAAAAUUUUACUCUGUCAGCGAUGAGUUCGCUGAUGGACGUUCUGAAGCUCCAUCCUUCUGCCGCAAGGACUAUGAACAACAGAACAGAUUUAGUUAAAUACGACGAACGAUACAGUCGCAACUGUGGUGCCAGCUUUUCAUUUCUACAGAAGCGGAGUGAAUAUAGAAUCUUGCAUCUUUUCGUGAUGUUAGUGUUAGUCAUAGCAACGUGUUCAAGAUGA